UUUACAGUAUUUCACGUCUUGACUGCCACCUCAACACAGCUCUUCACUUGUUGCUCCAGGUAUUAAGGCAAUUAGUUGUCACUGGCAUACCUCCGUGGGAAUAUAGACAGAGUCACGCGCUCGUCCUUCCCCCAGGGCGGGAGGGAGACCUCUCGACCAGACCCCUGCGUCACCAGCUAAGCAGAGUCUCCCAUAGGAGACAGUCCAGCAGCACCCACUGGGCUUCCCUCAGGCCACACGUGAGUCUUUGUCAGAGCUAUCCAUAGGGUCGAGCUAAGCAACAGGUACUUCCACAGGACCAGUUCUCCCCAGCCUUGUAGCACCUAUCCAGACAUACUCAUGAUGUAACACAGAGUUUUAAUUAUCACGUUCCUGAGAAUCUUAAGAGAAAACGUAUUACAGUAGGUGAUCAAGAUGUGUAUUUCUUCACUUAAGAGAAUCACACCACGAGGAAGGUGAUUAAAGAAGAGUUUGUCACCUCUUUGGGUAUAUUGUUUAUCCCCAAAUAGUAAACAGAAUACCUCACUGACGUUUCCAUUGUCGUCGUAAACAAGAGGACGUCAACAGCAUUCAAGAUGGUUAACAUAUUCAGGAAGAACCGCCGGACACUACACAUUGAUCACAGUAUGGACGGCGUGAUACUCCACCCCAUGAAGAAGGAUUCUCUCAGCGCCAGUUCCAUCUCUACUAUUUCUGGCAGGGACAGUCCUCCCGCUUAUGAGGAGAACCCGGCCACGCUGAAAGAGACCCCGGAGGAGAGGAAAGCUCGCUUGCGGUCCCAUAAGGUCAUCUAUGUCAUGAUGUUCGCAUUAGGCAUAUCCAUCUCUGUCGGCCUUAAUGUUUGGCCCUAUCUUCAUGAAGAGCUUGUACCAACAGCCAAGAAGAUCUCUUUGGGGUGGGUCUCAGCAGCAAGCCCGCUGGGACAGAUGUUAGCCGCGCCUCUCCUUGGUCUGUGUGCAAAUAAAACGGGAAAGAUCAAACCUUUCUGUAUCUUCACUGUGCUUCUAAGUUUGUUCGGCAACAUUAUGUACGCUUUACUCUACGCUUUUAAGGGCCUGGGAGAGUGGGCGCCUUACUACGCUUUAGUAUUCUGCAGGUUCAUCAUUGGCAUCAGUCAAGCUGUUGGGACGCUGUGUCGAAUAUACCUGUCGUCUUCGACCACCACUGAGGAAUGCACCUCUUCCCUCAGCAUGCUCUCCGCUUUCAUGUCUGGAGGGAUCGUCGUAGGCCCAAUAAUGCAGGCUCUGUUUACCUUGGCGCUCCCUGAGAACAUACCCAGCGGUGUUGACUGGUUUGUGUGGAACAAGUACACGGCGUCGGCGUUGUUGUCAGCUGCCAUGUGCUUCAUCUGCCUCCUCCUCCUCUCCCCCUGUAUCUUCCAAGAAUACAAUAUUGCCGCUAAGAAACGGAACUUGUUGAAAGAAUCCAGAAAAGAAGAUGAGGGAAUGAAGCUGCCUAAACCAGAUUACCUCGGCCUUGGUGGCAUCUUCUUCAGCCGUUUCGGUCUUCUCUUCAUCGGGGUGCUGGUGGAGACCUUGAUGACGCCUAUGGUCAUGGAUGAGUACGCCUGGACAGAGAACAGAGCUAUGGUAAUUAUGGGUAUUUCCACAAGCGUCAUAUCCCUUUUGAACGUAUUCACCUAUGGUAUCACUGCUGUCAUUGUCAAGAAGUUUGAUGAGAGACUCGUCAUGAUUCUCGGGGGUUUCCUGCCUGCCACGGUUGGGAUGUUCCUCUUCUUGCCGUGGGGAAACGGUGUCAUUCCUAUGCAAAAAUGUGACUUAGACAAUGUAACAAUGAGCACGACUACUGAAGCCACAACUGAUGUGAUACAACUAUACGAUGCGAACUAUCCCAGUGUCAAAACUAUAUUGUUCAGUGACAAUGACCCCAGUGACUGUACACCUGGAUGUCCACAAAGCCAGGUAUGGUGCACCUACACACCUCAGCUACCUGAGGCGCAGCUCUUUGUAGCCUUCUUUAUCGCCUUCAACAGUUUCCCUGUGGCACAAGGCACCAUGCUUGGCAUAUUUUCCAAGUUGUUGGGGCCAAAGCCCCAGGGUGUGUGGCAGGGUUUACUUAGUAACUGUGGGAGUCUCGCCCGUAUAAUAGGCCCCGUCGUUAUCUCGUACGUGUACGAAGAAUUCGGCACCAGAUGGUGCUUCGGUAUUUUGACUGGUGUGUUGACCACGGCACUACUGGAGUUGUUUCUGCUCUUCAACCAUCUGACACCAAUGAAAGUUCAAAGCGUGAAGGAAACACACGCUUACGACGGCCCGGCAGCUGAGAAUCCUUAAGAAAUAAACUAAUUUUAAUAAACUUGUCAUACUUAUCUUUACCUAUGUAAGUUAAGUAUAUGUAUAUUGCUGUCAAACCAACUGGGGUCUACCCUAACCAAUAUUUAUUUUUUUUAACAUAGAAACAACUUUACAUUGAAAAAUAUGCCUGAUCGUUUGGGCAUGAUUUAUAUAGAAUGAAUCAUUGGCGAUUGCAACUGUAUAUUUUUUUCCGUGCAAUAAAGGUGAAUAGAGA